CUGGAUUUCUGGGACGGGUUAAUCGAUUGAAACAAGAUGGCGGCUCUGGCAAAAGCGGCAAUAUAUUUACUGAAGUAAAUACUUGAUAUUUACCGCGUUAGCGGCUUUUUUACUGACCCUUGGUGGGUUCCGUGAAAUAUGUUACCCGAGAAGAUGAUAGGGGAACGGAAUUAAGCGGGUUUAAUACCGAUACAAAGUCAUCGAGAUGUGCGAGAGCUAUGCCCGCUCGCUGCUGCGUGUGUCGGUGGCGCAGAUCUGCCAGGCUCUGGGCUGGGAUGCUGUUCAGCUCACUGCAUGCGACCUGCUUUCCGAUGUCCUUCAGCGGUAUAUUCAGCAGAUGGCCAGGGCCUGCCACCGAUACUCUGAGCUCUAUGGAAGAACAGAUCCUGUCAUGGAUGAUAUCAGCCAGGCGUUUAGGCUGCUGGGCGUGAGUUUAAGUGAACUGGAGGACUAUGUCCACAACCUGGAGCCGGUGGCCUUCGCUCAACAAACACCUUUCUUUCCUGUGAGCAAAAAUAAUGUCCUGCAGUUCCCCCAGCCUGGAGCCAGAGAUGCAGUGGAAAGGAAGGACUACAUUCCGGAUCACUUACCACCCCUGGUCUCCUUACAAGAAGAAGAAGAAGAGGAGGAGGUCCUUGCUGACAUGGGCACCUCAGCUGAAGCUAUGCAGGUGGCGCUAGAAGAAGAUGAAGAGGAGAUUGAAGAGGAUGAGACGGUGAAUGAUGAGAACAACCCUCUGAAGAGGCACCUAGACAGUCCUGAUGCGGCCAUUGGUAUGAUGCCUACUUCAAAGAGGCCGCGUAUGUACCCUGGCAUGAGCCCAGAGUGGGGUGUUGAGCCGCGGGAGCCUCUUACCUCUCUCAACUCACAACGGGUUCCCCCAGGCAUUCUUCCUUCUCACAAUAGCUUGGAUUCCUUGUCACCUGAAUCUCCCUCUGGAGCCCUGCCUCCGUUCAGACCUCAGCCUGUAGUACCUAAACAUUCAGAUCAAAAGGGCCUCACUACUCCAGGUAGAAAGCCCAAGGACUCUUCUCCUGGCAGGCAACGGACUAAGUCCCCUAAAGGGGUCAUUUCUGUUCCGGUUGGCAGCAGUCCCAUCCAAUCCCCAAAGCCAUCUAAGGAAAGGAAGAAAUCUCCAGGCAGAACAAAGAGUCCUAAAAGCCCCAAGAGCCCAAAGAUGGCUUCUAUUAAAAUUGCUCAACCACCAAGUAAGACAGAGGUGUUGCAUAAGCUCCCCAUGUCAGCACUCAACGAGAGGAUGGGCAAAGAAAACAUACACAUGCGUCAAAAUAUAGUUGAUAGAGAGGUCGCUGAGGGCACGUUUAAGAAACUAGAGCCUGACAAUACAGCCAUUGAUGACUCCAUUGAUGCCGUUAUUGCCAGAGCGUGUGCGGAGCGAGAGCCAGACCCUUUUGCUUUCUCUUCAGGCUCUGAUUCAGACAGUAAUGGGUUCUCCAGUCCAAGACGACUGACCAUUAUGGAGCCCUCAACACCUAAAGUCAUUGGAUUGGGCAACUCUAUAAAAGACACGUCGACUCCUCUUCAUCCGCAGGCACAUGCAGCCCAAGGGAACUGGACAUUGGAUGAUUCCAUCAACGAGGUGAUCAGAAAGGUCAACCAGGGGGGUCCGUCUGCAGCCCCACCGAGUCAAGGAGUGUACGUGUCGUCAGGGUCAGCCUCACCACCGACGCCAGAACCUUUGAUUAAGGUGUUUGAGGAAAAAAACAAGAUGGCAUCAUCGGGAGAUGUCAAGAAGAAGCUGAAGAAGGAGCUUAAAACCAAAAUGAAAAAGAAGGACAAGGACAAGCAAAAAGACAAAAAUAGGGAAAAGGAUAAAGGCAAAACCAAGGAGAAGAACAAAGAGAAGGACAAGGAUAAGACCAAGGAGUUCUCCAAAGACAUCAAGAUGCCUUGGAAGGAGUUAGGACUAAAAGACGACGACCAGUUUCUUCAGAGAGACUUUACUUUGCCAGAGGGUUCUAUUAAGAUCAAGUCCAGAGAUGUUGAUGCCCCUAAAAAGGAGAAAGAAAAGCACAAGGACAAAAAGAAAGAUAAAGAGAAAAGCAAAAAGGACAAAGACAAACGAGAGAAGGGUAAAGACAAAAACAAGGAGGAGAGGCAGAAACAGUCGGCUUUGGCUCCGUUUGCUCUGAGUGAAGUACCUCCACUGUUCAGCCCCUCUGCCUGUCUGAGGAUGACCAACAUUCUUCCUCCUUUGGCCCCCAUGAUCCAGGAAAAAGAUGUCAAGAGCAAAGAGAAGGACAAGAAGAAAGACAAGAAGGAGAAAAAGAAAAAGAAAGACAAGGAAAAGGAGCGGGAGAAGGCCAAAGAAAAGGAGAGGGAGAAAGAAGAGAAGAGGAAAGAAAAGGAAAGAGAGAAGGAAAAACGGGAAAAGGAGAAGGAAAAGGAAAAGGAGAAACUGAAGCUAGAGAAGGUGAAAGUGGAAACUCCAGCUCCUCUCCCUUCACCAGUAAUUCCUAGACUGACGCUCAGAGUGGGAGCAGGACAGGACAAAAUUGUUAUCAGCAAGGUGGUUCCAAAUUCAGAGUCCAAGACACCGACACCCAAGACCCCUGUCGCCAAGUCAGGACCAGGCAACCGCCCUCGAACGCCACCACCACUGCCACCUCCCCCUAUUCUUUCUCCAGUUGCAACCAUUCUCCCUCCACCUGUGGCUCCUUUACCCGUGGCUCCUGCUCCUUCCUCUCUGCUCUCACUGGCGUCCGUGCAUUCUCCCGCUGCUCCCACCAAAACACCAGUCCGCAGUGUGGUAACUGAGACCGUCAGUGCCUACGUGAUCCGAGAUGAAUGGGGAAAUAAGAUCUGGAUUUGUCCGGGAUGCAACAAACCUGAUGAUGGCAGUCCAAUGAUAGGAUGUGAUGAUUGUGAUGACUGGUAUCAUUGGCCCUGUGUUGGGAUCCAUGCAGCGCCCCCUGAGGACCAGUCAUGGUUCUGUGUUAAAUGUUCCAGCAAGAAGAAGGACAAAAAACACAAGAAAAAGAAACACAAACCACAUUGAAACUAUGCAAACGGCACAUAUUUUGGACUUUUUUUUUUUUUUCAGACUGAAAGCCAUCAUUGAGCCCUCAUGGCACUGCUGUUAACCUUUAAAAAAAAACGUUGGCUGAUGUUACGAUUAUUUUUAAAACCACCAAUAUGUUAGUGAUUGUGUAACAAAAAAUAAGGCUUCAGCCAGCACAUCAGUCAGCCUUGGUUCCCAUGUGAUCUCUUGUACACAAGUAACUUAUUUGUUUUUUUGUCCUGUCCACCAGGUUGUAAACAGUUAUGUUUGUAACAGAUUGUGACGGUUAAUACAGGGAACAGUAAGAACUAAAAGAAAACCAUCCAGUCGUUCCCUGCAUGUCACCACCAUCAAAUGGCCUCAUUGCCAUACAUUUACUCUAGUUUUUCUGCAGUAUCAUUGUAAAUACUGAUGACGCAUCAGGCGUGUGUAUAAAAGUGUAAAUACCAAUGAUCAAGCCAGUUGCAGUUUGUCCUAAGAAUUUAUGACCUGUCUCAUCCAUUCGCAGGUUCGGUUUUUAAAUUACUUCAUUUUCUGUACAUCUUUUUAAAAUUUGAGGUUUGUAUUUUUAUUUUCUCUUCACUUGGAUUUGUCUCAGAAUUAUAAUGUAGCCAUGCUUGUAAUGUAAUUAAUUUCUCUGAUAAAUCAAUAUUAAAGAUAAAUGGUCUGUGUACUCACAGACAUACAGACAUGAAAGCUCAGUGCCAUCGGAACUGUAUCUAACAUAUCUGUCGACCGGCUUCUGUACACCGUGACCAUCUUCUCUGCUUCCACCUCCUGUUUCACCUCCUCAUACUUGUUUGUUUGCCUUUGCUUUACAAAAUAGAUUGGAGAUAUUUUUA